CCUCUUUCCGAGUUUCGCGGGGUGCGUCCACACUAUUUUCUUUCUUUUCGUUUCCCGAAACGUGAACACACGCGGAUUUCGCUGGGCGGAUUUUGAAAAUCGAUAAAUAAGCCGGCAAGAUGACCAAGAAGCGCCGUAACGGAGGACGCAACAAGCACAACCGCGGCCAUGUGAAGCCCGUGCGCUGCACCAACUGCGCCCGCUGCGUGCCCAAGGACAAGGCGAUCAAGAAGUUCGUCAUCCGCAACAUUGUGGAGGCCGCCGCCGUCCGUGACAUCACGGAGGCCAGCAUCUGGGACUCGUACGUGCUGCCCAAGCUCUACGCGAAGCUCCACUACUGCGUGUCCUGCGCAAUCCACUCCAAGGUGGUGCGUAACCGAUCCCGCGAGGCUCGCCGCAUCCGUACGCCCCCACUGCGCUCCUUCCCCAAGGACAUGGCCCGCAACAACCAGAAUAGGAAGUAGAGAUCUUGUCCAGUCGAGGAGCACUGGGUGCAGCCACCUGACAUCUCUAUAUGGAGUCUACCAUCUAGCCGGGUUUCCUCGUCCGUACUUCCCUGUCCGGUUUGGGGCAAAGCCAAGAUAAGCAGACGAAAUAUAUGCAUCCAGUACUUUUUUAUUUGAAAUAAACAGCGUGCUUCAUUGGGAAA